UAUUAUGAAUGCAUUUGGUAUUGAUACUAAGCUGCACACCCCAACUCAAAACUGCUGUCUGUGGAAGAGCUAUGCCGCUAGCCAUUUUCUCGCUCGCGUCAGUGAAUCAACAUUGCUCAUGUUGCAGUUCAUGGCAUAAUGUUGUCGCAGAAUUCAAGCAUACCUCUUUUGCUGUGAUUAUAUCUGCAACAAGUCAUGACUAAAGGCGGCUAAGAUCCAGUAUUGCUAAUUGCAUUCCAGCCCUUCCUCUCAUCCCUACCAUCAUCCCCAAGAGGAAUGCUGCCAGCCUAUGAUAGAGCCACAGAAAAGAGGGCAAAGAGAGAAAGAGAGCCACAGCAAGCCAGAAUCCCUCUGCCUCUUCAGCCUCUCGCUAUCUCUGCGCUGUAGAUACUACUCCUCAUCUGUGAAAAAAAAAAAAAAAGACUGUUUACAAACCCAUAUGCGAGGGAAACUGUGACGUCCUCUUGUAAUACGAAGUGAUUUUGCUGACAGGACUGUGAUACCUCAACUUUCAGCUUUCGAGGUCCCGACCAACGCAACCACCUCAGCAACUACCUGCACAGCCACCGUGACCGCACCUCCUAUGUUUGAUAGUGUGUCUUCUUCGUUUGAGUUCGACUCUAGUGGCCUUUUAAUGAAAACUAGAAAGCCGAUUAAAGGUCAGGGCAUAGGCUUCCGUCAAAGGGAGCCUGGGUUGUGACUUCGUUUUUCUUUUUCCUUUUCUUUUUCUUUCUUUUCUUCUAUUUAUCAGCUUCUUUUUUUUAUUAUUAUUUCUUUGUUUGUUACUUAUAAUUGCUUGAUAUUUUUUUUUUUUUUCUUGAAAGAGGUGAUAUUUACUCUUUUUUUAUAUUAAUUUCUAAGUAUCAGUUAUUGCUCGAGUUCUCUUUUAGCAAAAUCAUAAAAAAAGGGAAAAUACUUCGCAAUAACUGUGCACUCAUUUUGCUUAAGGUAUACCUAGUGUGUGGCUUCUGUGGCAGACAUUGGAAGUUUCUAGAAAAUGGAAGCAGUCUAGCGUAUCAUCAUGAUUUAGUUUGCACGUCGUCACUUUUCAGUUUUUGAUAUAUAUUCUUAUCACAGUAUUUUUGUUUGUUCGUUUUACUAUUUUUGUUUUUUGUUAUGUUAUUGAUGCUGAUGUUAUUUAAUAUUUUUGGGGGGGUCAUUUUGAUUUUUUUAAAUGUUAUUAUGUAUUUGGAAAUAUAUAUUUUUGUUUUUUUUUUUAUUAGAGUUUUGUUUUUUUCGUUGUAUCUUUUUUGGAAAAGUCAUGUGUCUGAAUAAAAUUUCAGAUACUGUGAUGGAUUUUUUUAGCAGUCUUUUUAGUGGUUCCUCUGAAACAACCUCAACUGCUGCUGCUACAACAACUACUAUUACUACCACUACUACAACAACUACAAUCACUGCUUCAUCUACUUCUACUUCUGCUCCUCCUCCUACUUCCACAACUACAACCAAUAGUAAAGUUUUGCCACUUUCUUCUAGUAAGGUCUCUCCUGCACCUCCUCCUUUAGAAUCAUCUAAACCAUCUGUUCAAGAUAAGAGUGAGAAGAAAGGUUAGCAGUGUUUGCUUUUGGAGUUUGGUUACAGUUUUUGUAGUUUUUAUGUGUAUUAAAUCUUUCUUUUCUUUUUUUUUCUUUUUUUUUCCUUGUAUGAAAUUUUUGCAUGGUUAUUUUCUGCUGUUCUUUGUUUUCCUAUAUUUCAUUAGUUUGGUUAGUAUGUUCAUUGUCUUUUCAGAUGGGAACAUGUUUAUCAUGUAUUUAUUCUUGAUUUAUUAUUAUUAUUUUUUUUCUUUCAUCAUACUUUAGUAUCAAUAGUUUCAUUUAGUAUCACUGUAGCUUCUCCUGUUUCCAGAAUCGGUAAUGGGAUUUUUUGGGAAUUUCAUAUCAAGCAAAGUGGCACAGGCCACUGAUGUGACAAAGCAGGCUGCGCAGGCUGCAGGAAUCACAGACAAAGUCACAGAAGCCACAGAUAAGACCUUAAGCACAGAGGCUGAUAGCGUAAAAGAAAAACCCGUCAUGGAGGAGAGUGUUAGUGACGAAAAGGUCACUAAGCAUGAUGCGCUUGCUUCCCACGCAGAGCAGAAGUCUGGUCAGGGCUGCCCCGAGACCAAAGAGGCAGUUGGUACAGUGACCCUUUGCGAAAAGGAGGAUGCGAGUGAGCCCAAGGGCACUCCAUCAUCAUCUCAAGUGGAAAAAGCAGAAGCAGAGUCAAAAAAUGAAAGCGAACAAGAGAAAGAGCAACCACGAAGAGGGUUUUUUAGCAAUUUCAUGAGUGCCACAAAAGCCUCUUUGACUAGGGCUGCCACUGUAGUGAAGGAGGGGUCAGCCAAGACAACCACUGACCUAGCUCCUGAAGGGGACGUGGCCAAGGAAGAGGGCAACAAGGAGGUGGAGUCUUUUAACUGGAUAUGAUUCCUUAUUAUGCUAGUUUAGUAGAGUUCUCUCUCCACCUCAUAAAGCUCAUGAUUGAUUAUAGCAUAUGACAUGCUGUGAACUAGAGAUUUCUCAGGCUCCCUCUGGCAUAUGGCUUAUACUUACAUGACAUGAAUAUAAAUAUGUAUAUACAAUUUUUUUCUUUCUUUUUUUGAUCUCCAUCAUAUUUUGUACAUAUAUUUUAACACUCUCUUCAGAAAAAAAACAGCAAAUUAGAGCUAAAUAUUGCUGAUUAGGAAAGGAGUUUCUGUAUUGUGUGCCUGUAUGCAGUUAGAGAGGGUUCUCUUUUAACACCCUGCUUGUAGAAUACAUGGCUGAUCUAAUCUCAUCUCAGAAUUUUAAAACCAGUGAUAAUGAUAAUAAUUUAGCAAUAGGCUAGACUUAUUCUUCUUUUCCUUUUAGAAGAAUAGUUUUUUAUGUGCAUUCUUAGGUCUCUUGAAUUUGUGUACAAUACCCAGCUAUGAUAGCCUUUCAUAUUGCUCAGGGAUUUACCAGUGUUUCUCAAG